AUGAGUGUGACUUCCUGGUUCCUGGUGAGCAGCUCGGGGACUCGGCACCGCCUCCCCAAAGAGAUGAUCUUCGUGGGCCGAGAGGACUGCGAGCUCAUGCUGCAGUCUCGCAGCGUGGACAAACAGCACGCUGUCAUCAACUACAACCCAACCACUGACGAACACCUGGUCAAAGACCUGGGCAGCCUCAACGGGCCAUCUUGGUGGGGAGAGGAGGAUUAUGGGAGUAAAGUUCAGAGCAGCGAUGAACCUCAUGCAGAUGUCCAGAAAGACGUUUCUUCGUUGGAUCCUGACUUCCUGUCCGACUCGGGACCGAAGAGCGUGUUCCCUUCGUACCACCGCGAGCCCAGCUACUUCGAGAUCCCCACCAAAGACUUCCAGCCCCCCAAAACGGCGGGGGGGGCGGAGCUUCACGAGAUCCCCACCAAAGACACUCCCCCGCCCCCCCCCACGCCCACGCCGCCUGCCGUCCAGAGCCACGCCUCCUUCACCAUCGAGUUCGACGACUGCACGCCGGGGAAGAUGAAGAUCAAAGACCACGUGACCAAGUUCUCCACUCGCCAGAGGAAGGCCCCGCCCACAGCCGCCACAGCCACGCCCACAGACGUGAUGUCAGCACAGAGCAAGGUGGCCGAUUGGCUGGUGCACAGCGACGUGACCAUGAUGCGGAGACGGCCCACGUGUGAAGACGUUUACAGCACCAAGAGCGACCUCGCCAUAAACACCAAAAACCUCAAAGGGCAUCACCAUGACGACGGGACCCAGAGUGACUCGGAGGACCCGGAUCUGAAAGGACGGCGGAGUAAAUCCCAGCGCUCUGUGCAGUCCCACCAGUCCGUCCAAUCAGAGUCCGUCCAGUCAGAGUCCGUCCAAUCGGAGUCCGUCCAAUCAGAGUCCGAGGCCUCGCAGCCAACGGUCCGGUCGGUCCUGUCCACGACCUGCCAGCCGGUCCCGUCUGGACCGGCGCCGGCCUCCCCCGUGGCCCCCGAGUGUCCCCUGUCCCAGAGUCCACCGCAGGCCACCGAGAUGCCCAAACAGGCUCCGCCCACGCCGGCGCCCGAGCACCUGACCCAGCAGGCCUUCAUCAUCGAGUUCUUCGACGACAAUCCGCGUAAGAAACGCUCGCAGUCCUUCACGCACAACCCGGCCCACGGCGACUCGUACUCGGCGCUGAAGGCCAAGCUGGAGCGCAGGAAGGGCGGCGAGCGCCCGGCAUCGGUGCACGGCCACGCGCCCGCCACCCAGCAGGUCACCGUUCCUCUGAAGGGGCCGGGCCACGCCGGCACCCAUCGGUCCAGCUCUCUGAAGAGGGAGAAGACAGACGGAGAGUCGGCCUCUCGCUCCUCCUCCGGUGUGAGCAUCAGACCCUUCGGCAGCGUGGGGAAGAAGUCCAAGCUGGCUCAGGAGUUUGCUGCUGAACUCCUGAAGGAUUCUGGCAGACACGAUAGCUCCCCAACGAGGGACAACAUGUCCCCUCCCCCGAUGUCUGCGCCGCCGGUGAUGGUGUCACCUCUGCAUGCAGGAAUCCCCUCCCCCCCUGGGCCGUCCUCCCCCUCCUCCCCCAUACAGCCUCCAGCCAUCACAAAGUCCUCGAUCCCCGCCAACGCUGCUGUCCACACCUCUCCGGUCCACUCCCCCACGCUGCCCCUGGGCGUCCGGGCCGGAGACCCCAAAGCUUCGCCCCUGGCCGUCCGGGCCGGAGACCCCAAAGCUUCGCCCCUGGGCAUCCGGGCCGGAGACCCCAAAGCUUCGCCCCUGGGAGUGAUGAUGAGGGGCGAGGAAGAUGACAGCCUGAGUGACGCCGGGACUUACACCAUCGAGACGGAGACGCAGGACAGAGAGGUGGAGGAGGCUCGCAACAUGAUUGAUCAGGUGUUUGGUGUCCUGGACUCUCCGGAGUACAGUGGUGUGAACACCGGCGUGUAUAGACCUGUAAUAAAUGAUGGCACGGAGCCUGAGCAAGCUAACCUGCCUAGCGAUGCUAGCACUGUGGACCCGUUGCAUGGCUUUAUCCCAACUGGCCCCAUACAGGUUCCACCGGCUCACGCAGCUGGACUCGAAGGACCUAAAUGGGUUUCCUGUUGGGCCAGUCUGGCCGACGGCUUCACCAAACCGGGAUCCACUCCGCCGCACGGGGAAUGUCUGGAAGAUUUGCGCUUCAUGAACCGUUCGAUGGGAAAUUUCAGCUACGAUACCUCGGAGCCGGAGUCCAGAACCAGGAGGCUGCUGCCCCAGGUUCCCCCCGAGAAACUGGACCCUGUCCCACCGAGCAUCCUGAUCCGCCAGGAACCGUCCCGCGGCCGGGACCAUCCGGACAGAGUCCGCUCCCCCCACCAACCACAGGACGGAGCCCAGCGCCUGGCGGUCCAGGACGAUGUGGACCCGGACAGCCUGAGUGAUGCCAGCCGCUCCGACGAUGGUUCAGUUCUGGAGAAAACAAAGAAGAAUGUAUCCGGGAUCAGUUCUUUGUCUCCGGGGGCCGCCGGGCCUCAGUCCAAGGUCCCAGAUAAACUGUCUCCAGCCUCCAAAUCCUCCAAAUCCACUUGCUUCUACAUCGGUUCUGAUGUAGACGGCCCAGGCAAACCUGACCACCACCCUGCCCGGAGCCCGGUACAGUCCGAGAGGACAAAACCUCCCGCCACCACCGUCCUGAUCCGACACCUGAGUGGACACGAACCCCGGCGGACGGGCGUCAAACCCAACAGCUCGGCGCCGAACCUGCGGCAGCAGGACGGGGACUCUGUCCCGGCUAGAGACGGCUGUGUGUCUCCCAUCGUGCGUCAGGAGAGCUUCACCAAAGACCGCCCCAGCGACACUGUCCAGAUGAAGAAGCUUCCCCACAUUUCCAGCCAGCCGUCCCUCAGGGACAUGGAGCGGAGACGGGACGUCCCGGACUCGCAGUCCACCCUGCAGAGACGGGACAUCCCAGACAUGCAGUCCUCUCUCCAGAGACGGGACAUCCCAGACAUGCACUCCUUCCAACAGAGACAGGACAUCCCAGACAAGCAGUCCACCCCGCAGAGACGGGACAUCCCAGACGUGCAGUCCACCCCGCAGAGACGGGACAUCCCAGACAUGCAGUCCACCCUGCAGAGACGGGACAUCCCAGACAAGCAGUCCUUCCAACAGAGACGGGACAUCCCAGACAUGCAGUCCUCUCUGCAGGGACGGGACAUCCCAGACAUGCAGUCCUUCCUGCAGGACGCCGAGGGGACUCUGUCCUCGCUGGACUCUGCGUUCCCGUCAUCCGGUUCGGGGCGCAGCUCCAAGAAAGGGGGUUCCUCCACCCACAUGGACGACUCUCUCUCGGGGGAGUCCGACGUGGACACGGCGAGCACGGUCAGCCAGGUGAGCGGUAAAAACGCUCCGGCGAGUUCUGCGUCUAAGAAGCGUCCGGCCAUCAGCGGGCUGCAGAAGGAGAAGUCCUCUUCCAGCCCGUCCAUCCCGGAGAAGGGACGGCAACUCUCGGCACGCGAACGGCUCUCUGAGAAACGACGACACCACCAGACCACCACGGAAACGUCCAGCAAGGCGGAAACGGCGAAGCGCCUGCAGACUCGGCGCAGCGCGGGCAACCGCGGGUCUCUGGACCUGUCGGAGGGUUCCUCUCCACACUGGAACGAAACGGCAUCGUCGGACCACGAAGCGUCUCGUCCGUCCAACCGCAGCAAGAAACUCAUCGCGCCUCUUCAGAAGGAAGACAACGGAAAGACGGCGAAGACGCAGAAUCAGCAGGUCCUGACACGUUCCAACAGCCUGUCUGCGCCGCGGCCGACUCGGGCAUCCAUGCUUCGCCGCGCGCGCCUGGGCGAAGCCUCGGAUAACGAGGGCGCGGAGACGGACCGCGGCUCGCAGAACUCGGACGCCGCGCAGCCGAGAGCUUCCACCGAGGGGAAGAAGCUGUCCCGCCUGGACAUCUUAGCCAUGCCGAGGAAGAGGACCGGGUCCUUCACCGCGCCCAGCGACAGCGAGGCGCCCGCCGCGGGCCGAAACGCCUUCUCCAAUCGCAGCUCAGAGUCUGCAGCAGCUAGCGGCAGGAAGACGUCCGUGGGCGACGGACGCCAGGCGGCGAGCAAAGGGGGCGGAGCUCCGGGGAAACAGACACUGACCCGAACCAGGUCCAGCGGAGCCAAGUACCCAAUCACCAGUUCCCGCCGCAGACAGAAAGGCUCGGACUUCUCCUCGUCCUCGGAGGAGGAAUACGAGACCAAGGGCUCCUCCCAUCCCUUCACUUCCUGCCAGACGCCACGGCAACAGACGCCACGGCAACAGACUCCAGCCGGCCGGUCCAAGUCUGUCUCCGUGGAGACGGAGGACGACGAGGACCCCAGGACUCCCGAGCCCAGAACUGGUCCACGACAGCGCCAGAUCGCCUGUCAGACAGACAGACUGAGUCAGGACCUGGCUAAAGAUCUGGCCAUCCUGGCCAAGGAGAUCCACGAUGUAGCCGGAGACGGAGACUCACCGGGCGCCGCCACCUCGCCGGGCUCGCUGCCCAACACGCCAUCUACCAUCUCUGCUAGGGAGGAGCUGGUCCAACAUAUCCCCGAGGCCAGUUUAAACUUCCAGAAGGUUCCUCCCGGUACUGCAGUCGUCUCGGACCUGGACGCUAACAUGAACGAGCCGGAGGCCGCUUCUAAGCAACGCCGUCCGUGGAACCGCCAAGAGGUGAUUCUGGACAACCUGAUGCUGAAUCCCGUGUCUCAGCUGUCUCAGGCCAUCCGCGAGAACACGGAGCAGCUCGCCGACAAAAUGAAGGUUUUGUUCCAGAACAAGGCGGAGGUUUGGGAGGAGAUCGAGGCGAAGAUCAACGCUGAGAAUGAAGUCCCCAUCCUGAAAACCUCCAACAAGGAAAUCACCUCCAUUUUACAGGAGCUGAGAAGAGUCCAGAGGCAGCUGGAAGUUAUAAACACCAUCGUGGAGCCUGGUGGCGUUCUGCAGCCGGCAGCGGUCGGGACACCGUCCCGUGGCCAGACUCGGACGUCCUCCAGAGACAAGAAACCCACCGCCAAACCCCGCGGCGCUCCAACCACCAACGCCAAUGAAAGCACCAAAAGAGCACCGCGUGGACCGGACGGGGCGCACUACAUGGCCUGA